CUUCUCGCAUGCACUAAUUCACCAGUUUAAAGCUCUAUAAGCUCCACCACGACAUCCCAGUCACCACCUCCAUCUACCCAUCCCAGCCAACACCAAUUGGUCCCGUUGACCAUGCACCACCACCACUACCCCCGAUAACCCCCCCAAGACCAGGACCAUGUCCUUCACAAACCCCUUCCUCCCGUCCUCCUCGCGCCCUGGCUACGGCACCGUCCACCUCGCCCUCCUCCCGCCCAAUACCCCGGUUCUCCAAACAGUCACAUACCAAUACCCGCUCAAGCUCAUUGCGCCGGAGCCACUAUAUCUCCCCUCUACCACCCCCAAUAAACCAGACGACUCGAGGAUCCUAAUCCACACCCUCUUCCUCCUAACCUACGGCGGCGGCCUCGUCGCCGGCGACACCAUCUCCCUGACCCUCACCCUCGCCCCCACAACCCGCCUCGUGCUGCUCACGCAAGGCAGCACUAAGAUCUUCAAAACGCCCUCCCCCGCCCUCCUCUCCCGCCAACACACGACCACCCGCCUCAGCGCCGGCGCCGCCCUCUGCUACCUCCCGGACCCCGUGCAGCCCUUCGCCGACUCCGCCGUCGCCGUCUCGGCUAUUUACGAGCUCGACGACGCCACCGCCAGCCUCUGCGUCCUCGACUGGGUCAGCGAAGGCCGCCCCGCGCGGGGCGAGCGCUGGGCCUUCCACGCCUACCGCAGCCGCAACGAGGUCUGGGCCCUCGACCCUAAAACCAACGCCCGUCAACUGCUGCUGCGCGACAACCAGAUCCUGGACCGCCAUGCCACGCCCACGCUGCCGCGCCUCGCGGGCCAGGGGAGCGAGGGGGAGUUGGCGGCGCGCAUGGACGGGCUCGGCGCGUUCGGCACGCUGAUCCUGCGCGGGCCGCUGUUUGAGGGCCUGGGCGGCGCGUUCAUGGGGGAGUUUGAGGCGCUGCCGCGGAUUGGGGGAAGGCAGUGGGAGGAUGAGGCGCCCGGGGGGCCUGCGGCGCGGGUGAGUGAGCUGGAGGCGCGGCGGGGGGCGCGGCGGAGGCAGGAGGGGGCGGAUGGGGUGCUGUGGAGCGCGGCGCGGGUGCGGGGGUUUGUGCUUGUGAAGUUUGGCGCGCGCGAGGUGGAGGGGGCGAGGCGGUGGGUGAAGGGGAUGAUUGGGAGCGAGGGGAGUGUGGCGAGGGAGUUUGGGGAGGGGGCGCUGUUGUGUUUGAAGUAG